AUGGAUAUUCCCCCAGACCCUUUCAAUCUCGAAGAGAUUCAACAACAAUGGGAGUUGGAGGAAUCUUUACUCAAAAGGCAAAAAGAACUUCUCGAAGAGCUUCAAAGGCGAAACAAUCGAUCACGUAAAAGAAAUUCUAUAAACAGAGACCAUGGAGCUGCCCAUCAGAGGCUCAAGACCGACUAUUUCGAUGAGCCAUGCACUUAUACUGAAAUGCAAUUUAGACGUAGAUUUUGUAUGAGAAGGCAAUUGUUUCUCCGAAUUGUAGAAGCCGUAACAAAUUACAACCAUUACUUCACCCAAAGGCGGAAUAAUGUAGGAAAGCUUGGAUUGACACCGAUCCAGAAGUGUACAAUUGACAUGCGCAUACUUGCAUAUAGAGUAGCCAGGGAUGCCUGUGAUGAAUAUGUGAAAAUUGGAGAAACCACUACACUUGAGUGCACUCGUAUUUUUGGCGAAACAAUAAUUGCCUUGUUUCAAGAUGAAUACUUAAGACGACCAAAUGGGGAAGACUUGCAGAGGUUACUCCAAGUUGGACAAGAGCACGGUUUUCCUAGAAUGAUUGGAAGUAUUGAUUGCAAGCACUGGGAGUGGAAGAAUUGUCCUAAGGCUUGGCAAGGAACAUUGAACGAUAUUAAUGUAUUAGACAAGUCACCAAUUUUUGACGACAUUGAGUCUGGUGAAGCUCCUGCUGUGAACUUCACUGUGAAUGGUCGACAAUACAAUCUUGCCUACUAUCUUGCUGAUGGAAUCUAUCCUAAAUGGCCCAUCUUUGUUCAAUCAAUUCAAAUGCCUCAAGGAGACAAAGCGCAGUUGUUUGCAAAACAACAAGAAGCAUGCAAGAAGGAUGUAGAACGUGCAUUCGGGGUACUCGAAGCACGAUUUGCUAUUAUUCGCCAACCAGCUAGGAUGUGGAAUAUUGAUGGCCUAGGUAAAAUAAUGAGGGCAUGCAUAAUUUUACAUAAUAUGAUUGUGGAGGAUGAACGAGAUUCGUAUUCACGAAAUUGGGAAAAUAUCGACUUCGAACGUUCGAAUAAUUUUGGGUCUAGUUCCUCAGUUAAUGUCCAAAGAGAAGUGCUACCUCAAUUUCAAGUGCAUGUUCAAGGUCGAUCUGAAUCAAAUAUUCAUACUAGGGCCGAUCUACGUGACAAAGCACAACAUAUUCAAUUGAAGAAAGAUCUUGUCAUGCACAUUUGGAAUAAAUUUGGAACAACUCUCGAUUAGAGUUUUAAAAACACUACUUAAUAAAUUAUCAAUGUUUAGAGUGUUUGUUUUUUCUUCGUUUUAAAUAAUAUUUGUA